UGGCACGCGAGCACCUCUGCGUAAGUUUUGUGGAAUAUAUACUUGGCUGUCGUCAUAUAUCUGGGUUAACUGCUCCACUCUUCGCACUGUCGCCACCCCAUUAACCAAAGAGGUUGGCGGAGAUGUCAUUGUGGAUAACACAUUUUAAAAUAUGCGCUCUCUAGCUUUCUCCGCCAUACCCAGAGUUCCACUAAGGUCCUUCCUUUCGCCGAUAUGCGCAUCUUGUUUUUUCGAAGUUAUCAUUUUUUGCAGGCCAAGACCUGACCAAGACCAAGCCAAGCCGACUUCUGGCUAUCUUUACGACUCACCCCCAAAGGUUUGGUGGAGAAAGUAUUCCUUUUGGUACCCUUUUAAGACUACAUAUACAACAGUUGUUGCUGCUGCUGUACGAACUUCUCUCAUCAACUGUCAAUUGUUCUUAGUCGCGUGAUUUCGUCUGCUUCGUUUGUUUCCUCUCAAUCAUGGCUAAAGAUCAGGGCCUAGACAGUGGUCCGCAAGUCGUGUUUGCACAUGCACUGACAAUAAACGAAACUCGAGAUCAGCUCGAGACAAACCUUGAAGAUGGUCUUGCACGCAGCCAAAUCUCCUCUCGCGCGGAGAAAUGGGGACGCAACGAGCUCGACGAUGGACCGGGUGUGCAACCCAUCAAGAUCCUGGUCCAUCAGAUUGCAAACGCAAUGAUUCUAGUUAUGAGAUCCACAACCCCCUUUCAAAGAGUCGACCAUCUGAUGUAAUUACUUAGGUGCUGAUCAUGGCCAUGGCCGUGAGUCUUGCUAUCAAAUCUUGGAUCGAAGGUGGCGUUAUCGCCGCUGUCAUCGUCCUCAACGUCGUCGUCGGGUUCUUCCAGGAGUUCAGCGCCGAAAAAACGAUGGACUCUCUGCGGUCUCUUAGCUCCCCUACUGCUACGGUCGUUCGAGAUGGCAAGACAGAAACUAUCCCCACUGGUGAUCUCGUGCCUGGUGACAAAGUCGAACUUAAGACUGGAGAUACCGUUCCUGCGGAUAUCCGAUUGGUCGAUGCUAUGAACUUCGAGACAGACGAGGCUCUCCUCACAGGAGAGUCGCUCCCAGUCUCAAAAGAGGCCAAGGCCAUCUUCGACGCUGAUACUGGCCCGGGUGACCGCCUCAACGUUGCAUACAGCUCAUCUACCGUUACCAAAGGCCGUGCAACUGGUAUCGUCUAUGCGACUGGUAUGAGAACGGAAAUUGGAUCUAUCGCAUUGGCGCUGCGGGCUACCGACAAGAAAACCCGUGAACCCAGGCGCAGUAAAGAUGGCAAGGUCAAACCGCACAGAUACCUUGAAGCAUGGGGUUUGACUGCCGGCGAUUGUAUUGGCAAGUUCCUCGGCACGGCUGUUGGCACUCCACUUCAAAGGAAGCUGUCCAAACUGGCUAUCCUCCUUUUCGGCACCGCCGUUGUUUGCGCUAUCAUCGUCUUGGCUGCCAAUAACUUCUCGAACAACAACGAGGUCAUAAUUUACGCAGUCGCGACAGGCUUGUCUAUGAUUCCUGCAUCUUUGGUUGUGGUAUUAACAAUCACUAUGGCAGCUGGUACGAAGAGAAUGGUUUCCCGUAAUGUUGUAGUUCGCACGUUGGAUUCCCUCGAGGCACUCGGUGCUGUGACCGAUAUUUGCUCCGAUAAAACCGGUACACUCACCCAGGGCAAGAUGGUUACCAAGAAGGCUUGGGUUCCAGCUGUGGGCACUUACUCCGUUGGUACAUCCGAAAAUCCCGUCGACCCAUCGAUUGGUGAUAUCAGCCACAGCACUUUUGCCCCAUCCAAUGUUCCCCAGGGAGAGGGAGAGGGAGAGCAUGAGAAGGUUAAGCCACUUGCCGACCUCCUCGAAGAUAACACUCACCUCAAGGACUUCCUCAAUGUUGCAUCGCUUGCCAAUCUUGCUCGUGUCUACAAGAGUGAAAAUACCUGGAAGGCUCGCGGGGAUCCGACUGAAAUCGCCAUCCAAGUCUUUGCGUCUCGUUUUGAUUGGGGCCGCGACCGUUUCACCAGUGGAGAUGAGCCCGAGUGGUCCCAAACUGCUGAAUUCCCCUUUGAUUCUGACGUCAAGAAGAUGUCCGUCAUCUUCGAGCACAAGGAUGGAAAUUCUAUGGUUUUCACCAAGGGCGCUGUUGAGCGCGUCUUGGGGUCUUGCACACAAGUUCAUUGGAGCAAAGACCAGGGUCUUAUUAAGAUGACCGAGGCUCAUAGAGAGGAAAUUCUGUUGAAUAUGGAGGCUCUUGCAAAACAAGGUCUUCGUGUUUUGGCUCUUGCAAGCAAGGAAUAUAUUGUUCCCGCGGACAAGGAUGCGCCACUUGACCGCAAGAUCAUCGAGGAGAACUUAGCAUUCUGUGGUCUUGUUGGCUUGUAUGAUCCUCCAAGACCAGAGUCAGCCGGCGCUGUCGCGGAAUGCCACCGGGCUGGUAUCGCAGUUCAUAUGUUAACUGGUGAUCAUCCUGGCACCGCAAGGGCCAUUGCUCUUCAAGUUGGCAUUCUUCCUGAGAAUAUGAUGUCUUUUGCCAAGGACGUCGUGGAUUCUAUGGUCAUGACGGCCAGUGCAUUCGAUAAGCUCUCCGAUGACGAGAUUGAUGAUCUGCCUGUUCUUCCUCUUGUUAUUGCUCGUUGCUCCCCAACAACAAAAGUCCGCAUGAUCGAUGCGCUCCAUCGCCGCAAAUGCUUCGCUGCUAUGACCGGUGAUGGUGUCAACGACUCGCCAUCUCUCAAACGCGCUGAUGUUGGCAUUGCUAUGGGCCAAGCUGGUUCUGAUGUUGCAAAGGAUGCUUCUGAUAUUGUACUAACUGAUGAUAACUUCGCUUCUAUUCUCAACGCCAUUGAGGAGGGGAGACGUAUGUUUGACAAUAUCCAGAAGUUUGUUCUUCAUCUCCUCGCCGAGAAUAUUGCACAAGCUUGUACUCUUCUUAUUGGUCUUGCCUUCAAAGACCAGUCUGGCCUCUCAGUUUUCCCUCUUGCGCCUGUUGAAAUCCUCUGGAUUAUUAUGAUCACUUCCGGUAUGCCCGAUAUGGGUCUCGGUGUUGAAAUUGCUGCCCCAGACAUCAUGCAACGCCCACCGCAGUCUCUUAAAACCGGCGUCUUCACCAUGGAAGUCAUGGUCGACAUGGUCGUCUACGGGCUCUGGAUGGCUGCCCUCUGCCUUGCCGCCUUCUCCGUUGUUCUCUUCGGCUUCGGUGAUGGCAACCUCGGUAUCGGCUGCAACGAUGCCUACAGCGAAGUGUGCGACACCGUCUUCCGCGCUCGCGCCACAACCUUCGUUUGCCUCACCUUGUUCGCCCUUUUCCUCGCCUGGGAGAUGGUCAACAUGCGCCGCUCGUUCUUCCGCAUGCAACCUGGAUCUAAAAAGUACUUCACCCAAUGGAUGCACGAUGUCUGGCGUAACCAGUUCCUGUUCUGGGCCAUUAUGGCGGGGUUUAUCACCGUCUUCCCCGUCCUCUAUAUCCCGGUCAUCAACCACGUGGUCUUCAAGCACACCGGCAUUAGCUGGGAAUGGGCCAUCGUGCUCAUCGAAGCAAUCCUCUUCUUUGCCGGUAUUGAGACUUGGAAAUGGGGUAAGCGUAUCUUUUUCCGCCGCAGAGCCGCGAAGCUUGCAGCCGCUGGUGGUGGCGACUUGCAGCGUAAUAUGUUCUCGCGAUUCUUGACGAUGAGCGAGAGCCCCAGUCAGGAGAAGGCCGCAGAGCAGGGACGGGCUGGCGCUGGACAACAGCAGCACCAGGUGGAAAUGCAAGGACAGAUGAUUGAGCAAGCUCAAUAACAACGAUUGGUGGUCCUAGAAUGUUCACCUACGACAACCCAGGGCUUGUUGGCCUCGUCUGACAAUGCCGGUGAAGGAGACCGGUAUAAUUUGGGUGUGAGAAAGGGGGAGAAAGGGGGUUGUGUUGCGGUGGAUAAAAGUUGUUUGGGAGCGAGAGCGAGAAAGGGAAGCUCAGUAAGUUCAGUGGUGAAUUAUUUCUUUUGUUUUGCGUAGAGUGGGCUAAGGGGAUCUCACGUCUACGACCAAUAAGAGGCUGGAUAUGAUAGAGGUUACAAAUGUUAGAAAUGACAUCAGACUGAAGUAUUGAUUAAUGGAGUACAAAACUGGCUUCAGGUUCUUGAAAAGGGCGCGAUGGAAUUAGUAGUUCAUGUCAACAAAACUAGAGGGAUGUAUGUAGCAUAUUAUGUCUUCCGACCAGAAUCUCCAAUAGAGAAAGCCGCCCGCUCGUAAUGGCCCAAUUAUUCGCGAUCCUGACGAGAAAAUAGCAACGCCAAAUGGGGGGGAUAUGCGAAACACUUCGAAAAUGCGACUUCUGAGGUUGGUGCCAGCCUAUAUCAAAGAACCAAGGUGCCGAGCUCUCUGUUGGAAAAGAGGAUGAGGGACGUGCUACAGGUCUCCAAACUACAUCGACCACUCAAUCUCGAGUGAAGGAGUGUAACACUAAGUGAUGUAACACUAAGUGAGUAUUCAAGUCUGCGUUCGUACGUAGGUUGCGAUCGGUGAAGCUUUCCAUAACUUAGUCCUAGAUCUACUAGUUCAGAUUAUCGACUAGUCCGUGCUUAAGUAAGAGCGGGGCAACGGGCUUUUUAAUGGUACGAGUAGAUCGCUGUAGCGGACGGGCUUGUGCCGUGUGAUAUUCGUUGGCUAUCCCAGCCGAUUUUGGGUGAUAAUCUCCCGAUCCACGUAACAUAACUAGUAGGGGGCGGUAAUUAAAUACCUUCA